AUGGAUGAUAUAUUCGAACUAAUUGAAUUUGUGCAGUUUGCCAAUGAAGAUAACGCACCUAAAAGGUACAUCAGGGAUCAAGAAAACCCUGUAGAAUUAUUUUCUGAUCUCCAAUUUUACAAAAGAUACAGGUACUCUAAAGAAAUAGUUAUUGAUAUUAUUAUGCCAUUAAUAACUAUUCAUCACAAUAAUAAUCGUGGUUUGCCUAUCCCACCUAUUCUUCAACUCCUAACAACACUGCGGUUUUACGCAUUUUCAAACUUUCAAAUUGUAAAUGAUGAAUUAAGAGAAAUUAACCAAGGAACUGUGUCAAGAAUAAUUAAAAAUAUAUCUAAAAUGUUGGCAAGUAAUGUAAAAAAUCAUGUACAUUUCCCUAGAAAUAUAGAUGAAUGGAAUAUUAUAAAAGUUAAAUUUUACCAAAUGUACAAGAUGCCUAGAAUUGGAGGAUGCAUAGAUUGUACGCACAUACAAAUACAAAAUCCUGGAAGUCCUGAUUCAGAAGUGUUCAGAAACAGAAAAGGCUACUUUUCUUUAAAUGUUCAG